AUGUUUACCGGAAUUGUUGAGGAGAUUGGCACCAUUGCCGAGCUCAACACCAACGACUCGACCGGCGGCACGUCGAUGACGAUCCAGCUCCCGAGCGGCUCGACCCUCCUGGGCGACUGCCACGACGGCGACUCCAUCUCGGUAAACGGAUGCUGCCUGACGGUCACGUCCUUCACGCCGGCCUCGUUCACCAUCGGGGUGGCCCCCGAGACCCUGCGCGUCACCAACCUGGGGGCCCUGUCCGUGUCCAGCCGCGUCAACCUGGAGCGCGCGGUCCGCGCCGACACCCGCAUGGGUGGCCACUUCGUCCAGGGCCACGUGGACACGACGGCCGAGAUCGCCGCCGUCACACCCGACGGCAACGCGCUGACGAUGCGCUUCAGGCCCCGCGACGCCGCGCUGCUCCGCUACGUCGUCUACAAGGGCUUCAUCGCCAUCGACGGCACCAGCCUGACCGUCACGCAAGUUAACGAUGCCGAGGGCUGGUGGGAGGUCAUGCUCAUUGCCUACACUCAGGAGAAGGUCAUACUCGCGGCUAAGAAGACCGGCGAGUCUGUCAACAUCGAGGUCGACAUGAUGGCCAAGUAUGCCGAGAAGUCGGUCGCCGGCAUGCUGGGUUCCACAGAUCCUACCUCCAUCCCUCUUCUGCGAAAGAUGGUCGACCGCGCUGUCGCCGAGGCCACUGGCAAGCAGUAA